GCCUGCCCCUCGGAGCCGCCGCCUGAGUCGGGGAGAGAAUGACCGAGGUGCUGUGGCCGGCUGUCCCCAACGGGACGGACGCCGCCUUCCUGGGCGGCCCGGGCUCGCCGUGGAGCAACAGCACGGUGGCCUCCACCGCCGCCGUCGCCGCCACCUCGUUCCGAUGCGCGCUGACCAAGACGGGCUUCCAGUUCUACUACCUGCCGGCCGUGUACAUCGUGGUGUUCAUCAUCGGCUUCCUGGGCAACAGCGUGGCCAUCUGGAUGUUCGUCUUCCACAUGAAGCCGUGGAGCGGCAUCUCCGUGUACAUGUUCAACUUGGCCCUGGCCGACUUCCUGUACGUGCUGACCCUGCCGGCGCUCAUCUUCUACUACUUCAAUAAGACCGACUGGAUCUUCGGGGACGCCAUGUGCAAGCUGCAGAGGUUCAUCUUCCACGUGAACCUGUACGGCAGCAUCCUGUUCCUCACCUGCAUCAGCGCGCACCGCUACAGCGGCGUGGUGUACCCGCUCAAGUCCCUGGGCAGGCUCAAGAAGAAGAACGCCGUGUACGUCAGCGUGCUGGUGUGGCUCAUCGUGGCGGGGGGCAUCUCCCCCAUCCUGUUCUACUCGGGCACCGGGGUCCGGAAAAACAAAACCGUCACCUGCUACGACACCACCUCGGACGAGUACCUGCGGAGUUACUUCGUCUACAGCAUGUGCACGACGGUGGCCAUGUUUUGCGUCCCCUUGGUGCUGAUCCUGGGCUGUUACGGACUGAUUGUGAGAGCCUUGAUUUACAAAGACCUGGACAACUCGCCUCUGAGGAGGAAGUCCAUUUACCUGGAGACACUUUCAGAAGGAGACUCUCCCGAGCCACCAGGAAAGCUUCCAGAAGAAGUGAAGCACACUUGCAAUCCAAGAGUGAAGACAUGACCCUCAAUAUUUUAUCCGAGUUCAAGCAGAACGGAGAUACAAGCUUGUGAGGACGCAGGAAUCCCCAGACACCCGCUUUGUAACAUGGUAGGAUGCUUAACAGAGCCACGUGGUUUUUUUCCCUUUAAGUUUCUAGUAAGUUUGGUGAAAAUUCAAACCAAGAAAGUAGUGAGUUUAAAAAAAAAAAAGAAAUGCUCACGCCCACUCUUGGCUUGUUUGGGUUUGCUUUCAAGGCCUGCCUUCUUUCUAACCAGAAGUAUGUAUAAUAAAAUAAUACUGUCCUAGUUAAACAUUUACUUCUUUUCUGCCUUUAAAAUCGACACACUUUUCUAUUUAAAGUGCACAGGAAUAUUGGAGCUAUUUUGAUAUUAAUAAUUUCUCCAAGGAAACUGACAACCUGAAACUUGAUUUUGUGAUUCAUCUAAUCUUUGUUGUUUUUAAUUAUCCAUGGUAGGAACAAAUUGAAAGUCCACAUUCUCAAGGUUAACAUAGGAUGGCAAAACACUGAACUAGGUCUGUUCAGUAUCAGAUGGAAAGACCUCAGCGGGGUGUCUUUUUUGGUCCUAUAAGCAUAGGUGCUAGCUGGCUGAGUUUCUUGGGAGAAUUGAAUAGAAAAAUAAAGUCAGUGAAUUUAAAAGCCUAAAAAGUGGUUAUUGCUCAGUUAUUUCUAGAAAACUACUCACUGUAUGUUGGGUGCUAAAUGUUUGAUGAUGGAAGCCUGCGUAUAUUAUCUUACCAGUAAAAUGCAUUCAACGUAAUCAAACUGCGUGUACUUUCCUCGUAAACACCACGGGCUCUGUUAGACUUCCUGUGAUAACGAGCAUCUGCUGGUCCCACUGCUGUGCAGGCCUUAGGAGUUUGCGUUCCAGUACAAAUGCUCACUCACAUCUGUGAAAACAAUUUAAAAAUCUCCGAUAAACUACAGACCAAAGUGGAGGAACUGUUAGCAGGUUGAGGGAUGUGGGGCAAGAGGGUAGUGUUAUAUCAGAGGGGGAGAGGUGACAGUCACCCACAGUGCAGUGCCUGCAACCAUGUUCUCAAAUGUAUGAGGCAAGUGGGAGCAGGUAGAAGGCAUUGUUAGAUGAGGACUUCAGUGUAAAUUAAGUCAUGGUGGAAAGGCUCUUUUUUGCUUCUUGGAAACGUUGGAAAAUAGUGAAUGCAAUUUGAAAAGAAGGCGGCAGAAUUUAUAUAUGUUGUGUUGAUAGAAUGGGAAGCUAUAGUCCUUUACUGGAUCUUGCAUCCUCACACUUAAAGAAAAAACUCCAAAUAUAUGGGAAAGGGAAAUAUGAAGAAUGAAAUUUAAGCACUUAAGGUACCACAGCACUGAGAAAUAAGUUGUACAAACUACUAGUCACACUCCUAGUAAUUUAAGAGAAGACUACUGGUGUUUUCUUCUACAUUUUUUCUCUGCCAGGCAGUAAUGAGAAAUAUGUGAAACAUUUCGUUAACUUUAAUAACAGUUUUCAAUGAAUAUUGAAUUGCUGCAUUUUUAACCUUUGAAAUCUUUAAAUUCUGUAUAAUGUAGAAUAAUGAGGUGAGUUAAUCCAAUUUAUAACUCCAAACAGAUAAAUCCAGGGUCAAAGGAAUUUUUAAUGGUGAAACCAGCCCCAUAAAGUCAACAUCAGACUCUGCAGCCGAUGGUGGAGCAGCUUGUUUGGAAGCACUUCAUAAGUAAAGCGGUUUGGGGCUGUGUCUUAAGGCAAGGACCUUAGCGCCCUGUGGGACGUGGUGACAGGAAUGUCAGGGCUUAUUUCAGGUCUUGGAAUGCCUGGGUGGACUGAGGAUUCAUGGGACCCUCGGUUUCUUCUUCGAGUGGCUCAGUUUAUCCAGUGUCAGACCACCAAGAACAAUGAAGAAAAGCUGUGUUUAGCUUCUUUUUUACAGGUUGAGUGUUGAUGCACAGAGUUAUAGAAACCAAGUCAAGAAGAAACCUUUUAGAUGUCCUACUUACACCUCCUCAUUUUGAGGAAAGACAAGGUUAGCUAGAUUCUCACUUGGUUAGGGUCCUACAGCAUUGUCUGCUAUGAAAUCCUAGAAGAAAAAGUCUAAAAUAUGUCAUUACUUUGUUGUCCCUGUCGAGUAUCCUGUUGAGUGAGACAAGAUAGAUAUCACUAAAUUGACCAACAUGGAAAUUUCAAAGUCUGGACCAGCCUUGACUCGAACGCCAAUGGUACACAUUUCUAUCAUAUUUCCUCACCAUUUACUUUAGUUUUCUUCCUUUUAGGUCUCAGAUGCCCAGCCUGAUUUACAGUAUGUGUUAAGUACAUUGUUUCAGCCUCCAGAGAACUUUCUUUUGGAGUGUGGACGCAGUGAGGAGGUGGACAGUCACUAGAGAUGCCCUUUUACUCCUGGGCAUGCUUUUGUCCAGGGUGUUUCUUCUUUAGCUUCAUAUAUGACGUAGUGGACAAUGACAUACGAUUGCAUGCCAAAUAGUGACAAGGAUGAUCUUGCCAACUUCCAGGCAAAAAGCGGUCUCGGGGAAGAGUCCAUACUAACAGUGAAAAUACACAGAGGGAUCCAGACGGAGCAGUGAUCUGUUGGCUGGAUAUCUGAUUCAUGGCAUAUGAUGAUUGAGGAGGUAUUUUAAUAGUAAAGGUUGAAAUGUGUUGGCGUUUUGAUGAAAGAUCUGCUAAAAUUAUAGAACUUACCAGUUAACUAAAUUUCACACUGCAAAACUGUUUUAGUGCCAAGUUCAAGGUGUUUUGUGACUCGCAGAUUGGCAUCUUUGACUCUCUGAACGUCAGUGUGUGUUUGCAUUGAAAUGGUAAAAAGACAAACUAAGAAGAGUUGCUGCAUGAGAAGAGGAGUCAGAGGUAACACCUUGAGGCGCCACUCGGCCAGCUGUGGAACUCUUGACCCUUUCAAGGCCACUCUUCGUGGAUUAAAAAGGUUGGCUGACAUCCAUCUGUCGGGGCCUAGGGGACAUGCCAAAGAGUUAAAACCACACCCAGCCAGAGGUGCGUGGGGUCUGCCCCGGUGCUUUCCCGGACUCCUCAGUGCCAGUCCUAACUAAAAAGGUUUCGAGUUCACCACCUGUGACGUGGACAUAAGAGCUGUAAGUUUCCUCAGUCUGCUGGGCAGUGCGCUCACCUGUCCCUGGAUAAAGAAAUGUCAGUGCUUGUAGCAGCUGGAAUUGGACUAGUGACAAUAAGAUGUGUAACUAGUUAGAGGUCUAUGGAACCUUUAACUUUGCUGGUCAAAUUGUAGCUAUCAUAACAGUAUUUAUUGAGGAAGCUCACAGUUCUUUAGUUGUACAGAUUGAAACUUUCUUGAAAGAUCCAACAUACUGAUGUAAACUAUAUUUAUUACAAUGUAUAAUAUAUGUCACACUGGUGUAUUUUACAUAGCAUGAUGCAUCGGUAAAAUGAGAGUUAUUGUAUUUUAUGAUGCUUUUCAAAUAUCACCAUCUUGAGAUGUUUAAGUCUUCAGAUUUCUUUGGGUCUAAAACAUGAAAAUCUGUUUUGUGACACAAGUGAUUAACUUUCUCUAGAAAUGCUUCUGCAUGUUUAUGUUUUUAUUUAGGGUUCUUCCUAUAUACACACAGUUUGGUGUUAGACUAUCAUAAGAUCAAUAGUAAAUACAAAAUAUCUUAGCCAGACUGAGUCUGUAUUGUCUACAUUUUAUAUGAUACUAUAGAAAAUUUAUAUCAUCUUUUUAGGACGUUUAGAAUUGUGCCCCCAAAUGUGGUCAGAGAUUCCAUUUCCUAAUGCAAAAGGCUUGUCCUAAAUUUACGGUAGAUCUCUUAUGGUUUAGAAGUCUGGUGGGAUGGGCAUUAUCGAUACAACAUUAGUUUAAGGAAAAACUCUAGGGAGAUGGGGAGAGAGUCAUCAGUUACUGUGCUCAGCUUUGCCUCAGUUUUUGUGUUGUGUUUCUUCUUAAGGUGAAAUAGUACGAUCUUAAUUUCUUUGACAUGGAGUUUCUAAGUAACACACUACCAGCAAGUUCAACACUGCUGUUCAUUUUAAUCUGAUUUAUUUGUUCAGUUGAUGACUUUAAUUCCAAGUUUUAUAGUGAUAACUGUAUAUUAUUUGGCUGCUGAAUUCUGUUACAAUUUUUUAUUCUGUUGUACAUUGUAUUAUACAUAUCAUUCAAAAUUAAUAUGAAGGGAAAUGUAUGUUACAUAUCAAAAUUUGUGAAUUUGAAUCCAGUAUGUUUUAGUGCUUCUGCAAAAAUGUUUAUUUUUGUAUUAUCUGUGAUUUUAAUAUAGAUAAUUGAACUAGAUUUCGUUGUGAUUAAUCGUGCCAUUGAAUGGGCGGUAUGGAAACAGUGUUACUUGACAUUUUGAGCUUUCUCAGGUUUAUCUAAAUCAGUGGUAGCUUAACAAAUUCCAGACUAAUUGUGUGUAACCAUGUUUUAGAUAGAAAGAAUGCACAUCUCCUCUAAGUUUUGCAUGCAGGAGUGUAGGAUGUCAUGUGCGUGCGUGGCUGUGUGUGUGUGUGUCUAAGGCAUGGCAGCCAACUUUGUAUCUGCUAUUAAUAAUAACAGCAGAGCUUUGAUGCAAUCUUGGUCACUAGAGUUGUACCUACCAUAGACAAUUAAAACUGAAAAAGUCUCAAUAAAACUAUGAAAUGGGG